UGUCAGUACGGAGAGAAUGGAGCAAGAACUGAGGGCAGCAAAGGCCUUUGUACAUGAAGCUGUCAAAAUGCACAAGAUAUUCUCUGUCCAGGGCUCCAACCCUGUCGUCAGGGCAGCGCUGAGGGCUCGGGGUUGGGUUGAGCUGCGUAACAACCGCUCCACCCAGCAAGCACAACAGCAUUGUCACAAGAGCAGAGGCAGCUCAAAUGGUGCCAGUGACAAUGAUGACAAUGCUGAGAAAGAACAGGAUCCUGACAGACAGCACAGUUUCAUGUCUCGCCAGGUGAAGAAUGAAAUGGUGUAUUUCUAUUGGACUUACUGCAGAGAGGCAAUCAACACUAAGAGCUUGCACAAAGAACAGAUUACCAAUCAUUUUGCAGAUUCCAGGUGCUUCACUACCAAGGUUGGGUUGUGCAUGAACCUGAGGAACCUGCACUGGUUUGACUCAACAGACCCAGACACCUUCUUUCCCCGCUGUUACAUACUAGGAGCACAUGAGAAGCAAGAUUUCAUUGAGGACUUCAGGAGGACAGCAUGCACCAGUCUUCUGAAGUAUAUUGCGGAGAGGGAGCAGGAUUUUCAGGGAGAGAGAAGAAGCCUUAGCAUUCAGGCCAUUAAGGGUCAGGAGAAACAAAGCAAACAGCGAUGUAGACCAGUGGUCCUUUCCCAAAUGAUCAACAGCGCCCUCAAAGUGUGCCAGCAGUUACUGGACAGUCUGGAGCACAAAGACAUAGACAUGAACUCUGAGACACUUACACAAGAGGAGUGGACAGAAUUUAUUGACAAUUACUACCUUGUUGUUCACGGUGGAGCAGAAAUUGAGAAAAGGGAUAAUCUCGUGACCUCCUGUAAGGCCAUGCUGCACAGGCUGGAGGAGGUCAGUCCACAGCUCGACAUAGACGGCAUGGACAACAUCUGGAUCAUCAAACCUGGAGCAAAGUCCAGAGGCAGAGAUAUCAAAUGCAGCAAGCAUCUAGAUCGGAUCCUUGGGUUGGUGGACAAUGAGCAGACCCUUUUCAACAUAAACCAGUGGGUGGUACAGAAGUACUUGGAGCGUCCUUUGCUGGUCCAUGACACCAAGUUUGAUGUGCGGCAGUGGUUUCUGGUCACCGACUGGAACCCUCUGACUGUGUGGUUCUAUAAAAAGUGCUACAUGCGCUUUUCCACACAGCCUUACUCACUGGACAUACUGGACAGCUCAGUGCACUUGUGCAAUGAUGCCAUCCAAAAACACCUGAAGCCCUCCCAACAGCGCCAUCCAGACAUUCCAGCACACAACAUGUGGUCGGAUGAGCAGUUCAGGACCUUUCUGUCCAGCCAGAACCAGGAAGCUCAGUGGGAGACUGUGGUAGUCCAAGGAAUGAAGAAAGCUGUGAUUCACGUAGUGCAGACUGCACAGGAUCUGAUGGACUCACACAAAAACUCAUUUGAGGUCUAUGGUGCUGAUUUCUUGUUAGGCCAUGACCUACAUCCAUGGUUAUUAGAAAUCAAUGCCAGUCCCGACAUGUCUCCCUCCACCCCUGUGACUGCCCGUCUCUGUGCUGCUGUGCAGGAGGACACAUUAAAAGUUGUCCUGGACUGGAGAGUUGACCACACUGCAAACACAGGAGACUUUGAGCUCAUAUAUAGGCAGGCAGCAGUAGAAGUCCCUCAGUAUACAGAAAGGAACCUUUCUGUUAGGGGCUUUGCAAUUAAAAGCCCCUGCUCACUUCCUCCACUGACAUGCUCCAGCUGUUCACCACCAAGACACCAGAGGCAGGUCAAAAGUAAGGAUCCUGUAGCAGAAAAGGUAAAACAUCUGCCUGCAGUGCAGAGUGCAGAGACUCAGCUCAAAAACACCAGCAGUGAGGUUCCUGUUGGUCACCAGCCACACUCUGUGGUUCUGUGUAAGAGCAGAGCAGAGGUGUCAAAGCUUUGCUCAGGGAAAGUCCAGCUGUUCACCACAGACAAGCACCAGGAUCUUUCUGUGCCCGUGAAGAUUACUGCCCCAGAACAGUCCAGACAAGCAGUCAUCAGCUCCUCCAGAGCCUAA